AUGGCCAGUCAACAAGCAGAAGUUCAGAGUUUGAAACUAGAUAAUGAUUCGGUUAUAGAAGGAAUAAGUGACCAGGUAUUGGUGGCUGUUGUGCUCAGUUUCACUUUCAUUGCUGCUCUGGUGUAUAUGCUUUUAAGAAAUGAGCACCAGAACAUUCAUCCAGACAACCAAGAGCUAGUGAGGGCACUUCGGCAGCAGCUUCAAACAGACCAGGAUGCAUCUGCUGGUGAUAGACAUCGUUUCUAUACUGACAUGUCCUGUCCAGUCUGUUUACAGCAGGCUACGUUUCCCAUUGAAACAAACUGUGGACAUCUUUUCUGUGGUGCCUGCAUUAUUGCAUACUGGAGGUAUGGCUCGUGGCUGGGUGCCAUCCGUUGCCCAAUCUGCAGACAAACGGUAACAUUGUUUUUACCACUCUUUGGUGAAGAUCAGCAGGAUGCAGCACAAGUGCUUCAAGAUGUUAAUGAUUACAACCGGAGAUUCUCAGGACAGCCCAGAUCUAUUAUGGAAAGAAUUAUGGAUUUACCCACUUUACUGCGGCAUGCUUUCAGGGAGAUGUUUACUGUAGGGGGCCUUUUCUGGAUGUUCCGUAUCAGAAUAUUCCUCUGCCUGCUAGGAGCUCUGCUCUAUCUGGCUUCACCUCUGGAUUUUCUUCCUGAAGCCCUCUUCGGAAUUCUGGGAUUUUUAGAUGAUUUCUUUGUCAUCUUUCUGCUGCUGAUAUACAUCUCUAUCAUGUACCGAGAAGUGAUAACGCAGAGACUGAAUAGAUAAUGAGUGGAAACAAUCAUGACACAGAUGUUUGUGUGGAAAGCUGAACAAAGGGACCCAUGACACAGUAUGACGUAGUAAAGCACCUGUAUAAACUUUCAGUUUUUGCAAUUAAAUAGCUUGUAGUCAAUUAUUUUAUGCAAAUGUGAGGGGUUAAAAUGUGGUGAUGCUUAACUGGAAUCUUUAAUUUGUGUGUUACAUCCGCUUAAAUAUUGAAGAGGUUAGAUUUAUGAUGUAAUAAAUUACCUACAUCUGCUUACACCCAAUGAGCAAUUGUAUGUAAUGCAAGAUAAUGCUAGUUAUAAAACACCUCUUCGUGUGUAGUUUGUGAAAGGGAAGUUCUAUUUAAGUGAUGUCAGGACUUCAAACAAAAAAGAAUUCAGAUUAGCUUGACGCAUUAAGACACUUCAAUAUUUAGUUUAUCAAAUUGCUUAAUUCUCACUGUGGUGGGUCAAAGUAUUUUUAAAUAACAAUCGUUUUUCAUAUC